AUGUCGAUCGAAUCGCUCUACCAAUUGGCCUCAACGAAAAUGGCCGAGUACAUUUUGAAUGGUAAGUACACAAUUUCUCAAUUUUCCAUUAUAAUCCAAUGUUUUCAGGCUCCAUCGACACAUCCUGCACAAGUUUCUCUGAGAAACAGAGUAACGCCAUCUUCGAGAAACUAGUCCAGCUCAAGAAGCCGGAAACUGGCCGAAAUCAGAGACUGCUAGAGCAGUUAGCCGGUCUCAAUGUGAGCAGGGUUAGCUUGAAGAACGUCGAAGUGACGUCGAGUGACGUGGCACUUCUUGGCAAGCAGAAGCUCGAGAGUUUUGCACUCGGCCGUACAAAUAUGCUCAUGGAUGCGUAUCGCUUCGAGAACGGUGAGUUAUAUUACAUAUUGAGGGGGCCAGUCCAUUUUUUCACUUCACCGCUCCUGCCCCCUGAGAAAAGCCCGCAAAGUUCAAAUGGGGCCCCGCCCCUUCAGCGUUUAAUUCUUGCAAGUAGCGAUGAUACCUUUCGCCUGGAAGACGCUUGUCACUUUUGUGUGACACUUUUCAUUCAAUCGUACAACUUUGAAGAACGCUCUAAUUUCAGAACCCACGAGCCUGGACAUUGUCUCCCUCCUCGAGAAGAUGUUCAACGCCGCCACCCGCCAAUCCCUCCGGCACCUGGACAUUAGCGGAUGCGAAAGUUUCAAUGGAGACUGGCUCAGAGCCAUUGGAUCCGUGCUCCCGAACCUUGUGAGCCUGAAUGUAGCUGGAAGAAGACCGGUCGACAUUCGGGUUCUUGCUCAGAGCUUUCCGGGGCUCCAAUGCUUGAAUGUCUCGAAUUGUGACAUUGACAGUUUGGAUGGCAUCUCUGGACUGCAAGGACUUCGAGUCUUGAUCAUGGAGAAUCCGUACAAGAUUCGGGACAUGACGAAGCUGUUUGAUCUCAGAGAGCUGCGAGUAUUGAACAUGGCAUGGUAAGUUGAAACGCUUUCAAAUGUUGACUGUUUUGACCCACUUUUUUCAGUCCGUUCCAAUUCAAUGCCGAUGGUUCCGACAACGUCGCCGCCUAUUUCUGUAAAUGCCUGGAGGAUGGAUCCCGACUGCUCAAGCUCCGAACCCUUGAUUUAUCGAAAACGAGGCUGACUAAAAAUAAUGCUGAGAUGAUCAUGAGGACCGUUCCGACAAUUCAACAUUUGAGCACAAUCGGAACCGGCAUUGAUCUCAGUAAUCGCGUCGAAGGGUACAGCACCAACUCGCUGAACUCAACGACUAAAGCUCUGGAGCACUACCUCUCCGAGCACAGUGCUCAGAUGAUUGGCGCCGUGCUGAAGGAAAGCUUUGUGCUCACGGAUGAUUUCCAUUUGGACAUGACGGGCGGCUUCAUUCCUUUCGAAGACAUUAUGAUGUUUACGACAUGCAUGAUCUCCGUCCUUCGCCGCUACCAAAACGACGGCACGAUCCAAGGGGAAGCGGUUGUGAAUUUGUGGACACUUACUCAAUCGACAACUUCUCUUCUUCUGGCUGACGCGGACUGGAGCGACAAGAUCACGGAAUGGGUCGCCAAACUUUUGGAUGUGUUCGACGCGUGCGAUCAGUCGCAUCCCGAUUGCAAACGAUACAUCUCUUGGUAUUUGUGGUCGACGCACAGGAUCGGAAUGUUUGUGGACAUGCCAGCCAACGCUCAACGAAUCCUCUUCCUCGCUAUGGACAUGCUGAUGGAGCAGAAGGACGACGAGACGGCAGUCGAUGUGAUUGGCGAGGUGUUCCGCGGAAUGACGUGCGCACUGAGUCAUUUGCAGCAAGAGCAGAUCACUCCUGCUCUUGACCGUCUUCUGUGUGUUCUGUCCAGUCUCACACUGGAGGAGGAACGCGGAAACGAUUAUUUCGCCGUGUGCAUCGAAAGCUGCGUCGCAUCGAUCCGCCUGAUUUUGGAUCGGUUCGAAUUCGAAACGCCGGAUGGGUUUGUCGAACGGCUCAUCGACGUUUUGCGGCAUUCGCGGAAUAACGAAAAGACUCGACUGGACGUUCUGGAACUGCUCAACCGGCUGAUCGGAAAUGCCGGAAAGCACGAGGAGUUCCGCACUCCAUCGGCAAUUGAGACAUUGAAGUGAGUUCCAUUCAGAGAAGUUUCAUCAUCAUUUAUUGAUUUUUUGCAGACAAUUCUCAUCUGCUGACAUCCUGGCUGAUAACGACGGGUUUUUCGAUGUUACCGCGUGCAACAUUGCGUUUCUCGCAUUUUCGCUCCUCUCCCGACUACUUCUCCACCCGGCGGAUCUAUCGGAAGACGUCCGCACUCUGAUCCACCGUCAUCUGCUCGACGUCUACUCUCGUCCCUUCAUGAAAAAUGUCAACCUCGCGUGGCUGGGAACAGAAUACUGGAUCGAUGACGUGCGGAUCGCCGUGAGCAGUGAGGGAACGCUCGAAGCCUCAGUCGUUUGGGCGCUUUACACGCUGCUCGAAGGACUACAGUUCGACGAAUUUCGAGAGUGCGUCGACGAAGACAUGUCGGACGCAGUCAGGAUACUCAUGUUGGACGAUCGGAAGGGAAUCGCCGAUUUGGCUGCGUACGUCGCCAAUGAUCUCCCUGAAGACUUUUAUUAAAUGCAUCAAUUCUAUUCGAAUUCGUAAUAAAUAUUUUUUAAAAAUGCGUUUCUGUAUGGAAAUCUAUAAAAGCCCAGAAGACCAUAUGAUAUCGUAUCGAAUCCAAUAUACUUCAAUCGGAGCCCAAGAAGCCAUCAAAGUUUGGGGCCUCAAACAUCCAGGCCACCGCCGGCCAAUUGCCAAGCCCUGGUCAAAAUGCACAUGGUUUCAUCAAAAAAGAAGGCCGAAAAAGGUUGCGAACCUCUCGGGAAAGAGGUCGCAUCCGUGGUAGUCGACGACGACGCCGCCCUCGUCGCUGUCCAUCCGUUCGGAAAUGUGAUCGAGCAGUUUGUCCUCGUCCAACACGUGGCAAGUGUACUGCUCGUCGAACUCGCCGUUCAAAUUGUUCUCGAAGCGCCGAUCUUUUGGGCGCUUCAAACAAUACUCUGUUGCGAAGCCCCAGCCCUUCGUACGACUCGGUACGAACAGAUCGGCUUCGCAUCUUCUUUCAUUCCGGUGCCACCGGAGAAUCCUCGUUCUCCACCGGCCGAUGAACCGAGCGCUCAAUAA